UCCCCUCGUGUGCGCUCCCCCCCACCCUCCGCUCCCCGGCUGGGCACGCGAGCGCAGCCCGCCGAGGCCGAGCCACUUCAGGGGGAGGCGCCAACUAGUCGCUGCGCCGGGCCCCCGACCGAGCAGUAACAGCGACCCAGGAGGCGGAGCGGAAGCGGCUCGGGCCUGCGCUGAGGCACAUUAGCCUUACCCUAGAAGACAACUUUACAAGGAUCUAGAAGGAACAGGAUUAAAGAUGACAGAAUACUGGGCUCCAGAAAUUUAAAACAAUCAGGGACUGCACAGGACUGAGUCCAUAUGGAAGAAGAACUUCCCCUUUUCUAUGGAGAAAGUGGCAAGCCAGUACAGGCUACUCUGUCAUCUUUGAAGAUGUUGGAUGUGGGAAAGUGGCCAAUUUUCUCCCUUUGUUCUGAGGAAGAGCUGCAGUUAAUACGUCAGGCUUGUGUCUUUGGCAGUGCUGGCAAUGAAGUUUUAUACACUACAGUAAAUGAUGAGAUUUUUGUGCUUGGCACAAACUGCUGUGGCUGUUUGGGACUGGGUGACGUCCAGAGCACCAUUGAACCUCGGAGACUGGAUUCUUUAACCGGCAAAAAAGUAGCCUGCCUCAGCUACGGGAGUGGUCCACACGUUGUCCUCGCAACAUCAGAAGGAGAAGUCUUUACCUGGGGUCAUAAUGCUUAUAGCCAGCUGGGCAAUGGGACAACUAAUCAUGGUUUAGUGCCCUGUCAUAUCUCUACUAAUUUGUCAAACAAACAAGUCAUUGAAGUUGCCUGUGGGUCUUACCAUUCUUUGGUGCUAACAUCUGAUGGAGAGGUAUUUGCCUGGGGUUAUAAUAACUCCGGGCAGGUAGGAUCUGGAUCAACAGCUAAUCAGCCCAUCCCUCGAAGAGUGACUGGCUGCUUACAGAAUAAAGUAGUCGUGAACAUAGCAUGUGGGCAGAUGUGCUCAAUAGCAGUAGUGGACACUGGGGAGGUCUAUGUCUGGGGUUACAGUGGAAAUGGGCAGCUCGGACUUGGCGGUAGUGGCAACCAGCCAACCCCCUGUAGAGUAGCAGCUUUGCAAGGCAUUCGUGUCCAGCGGGCUGCCUGUGGCUAUGCACACACAUUAGUAUUAACAGACGAAGGCCAAGUGUAUGCCUGGGGUGCAAAUUCUUAUGGCCAGUUGGGCACUGGCAAUAAAAGUAACCAGUCCUAUCCUACUCCUAUCAUUGUGGAAAAGGACAGCAGCUGCUGCCGUCAGCCCAGCCCGUGCGCCACCCCUGACUUCCCGUGUGGCGCUAGGUGUUCCAGAAUUAUAGAGAUCGCAGCUUGCCACUCUGCCCACACGUCUGCUGCCAAGACCCAGGGAGGACACGUGUACAUGUGGGGCCAGUGCCGGGGCCAGUCGGUGAUCCUGCCGCACCUCACCCACUUCUCCUGCACCGACGACGUGUUUGCCUGCUUUGCCACGCCCGCCGUCUCGUGGCGCCUCCUCACCGUGGAGCCCGACGACCACCUCACAGUGGCUGAGUCACUGAAGAGGGAAUUUGACAACCCCAACACCGCAGACCUGAAAUUUCUGGUGGAUGGAAAGUACAUUUAUGCACAUAAAGUCCUUCUCAAAAUUAGGUGUGAGCAUUUUCGUUCUUCAUUGGAAGACAAUGAGGAUGAUAUUGUAGAAAUGAGUGAAUUUUCCUAUCCCGUCUACCGGGCCUUCCUGGAAUACCUGUACACGGACAGCAUCAGCCUUUCCCCUGAGGAGGCAGUAGGACUGCUAGAUUUGGCUACAUUCUAUAGAGAAAAUCGUUUGAAAAAGCUCUGCCAACAAACUAUCAAGCAAGGAAUCUGUGAGGAGAACGCCAUUGCUCUGCUUUCGGCUGCUGUGAAAUAUGACGCUCAGGAUUUAGAAGAUUUCUGCUUCAGGUUUUGCAUAAAUCAUUUGACUAUGGUAACACAGACUGCAGGCUUUGCAGAAAUGGACCACGAUCUCCUGAAGAACUUUAUCAGCAAAGCAAGCAGAGUUGGAGCCUUUAAAAAUUGAUCCUCACCUGCAGGAAAGAACUUUUAACCUUUUCAUUUUCCCUGCAAAAGUCAGAGAAUAACUUCUCUUUAAUUAAUAGUAUUUAUGAUGAGCUUCAUUUGGCUGAAUUCUUCCGUUCUGUCAAAAGAAGGAUGGUGGUUAGCCUUCCCCAUCUGCCGAAAUCCGGGGUUUACAUACAAGGCAUUAAGUGCUCUCAUCAGAUGGGACUAAACUCAAAGGAAAAGAAUUAAAAUGUCUUAUUAUAUUUACCAUUUCCUCUUUCGAGUCACUUAAGCUGGACACUUUUGGUACAUUGGUCUAAGUAUGUGCUAUGCGGGCCAAGUGUUCCAUUCUUCAGCAGGCUGAUACCAUGCAGACAGCCUGACAAGGAACGCUGUCGCUACCGCAUCGGCAGCAUCGGGCACCGUGCCUUGCAUAUGGUAGACACUCGGUUAAGUGAUUAUGAAUCCUAAGUACAGCCCGAGAACAGCUUUAUUUGCGGGAUACUGGAUGAAGGAAUAACUUGCACAAAAACAAAUUUAAAACAGCCUGUACCUCUUAAGGUUUGUAUUCCUCUGGUACAUCAUUCAGAGAAAUAGUGGCUAAUUUAGAGCAUUAAUUAGAAUUCACAAAAGGCCUUGGCAAUUAAAUUGUCAAGGGCCCAAGGGCUAAUUUUAAUUUUCUAUUUACUCUGAGUCAUUAAUUUCUCCUAUGGGAUUAUUGAAUAUGAAGAUGAUAUGAUAUGAAUAUGAAGUACUAUCUUUGAAUGAAUGUUAUUUCUGGGCUCCUCUGCCUUACAGAAUUGCAUAAUGUCCUUUGCUUUUGUGUUGAGAGAUUUUUGCCUCCAUAGGUAAAAAUGAUUAUGUGUUUUUCUUAUAGUUGACUUUUAUGUCACUAUAAAAUAGGUCUCUUAACCUGGCACAGUAAAAUUAUAAAAUACUAGCUGAAAAGGAGUUAAUACUUACAUUUCAUGGACGGCAUUAACAAGAGUGAGAUAAAUUUAUACUUUUUAGAUCAAAACAAGUUACCCAACUGCAAAGGAGAAACUGGAACGGGAUGUGGGAUGUAGAGUCAGAUUCUUCUGUGUAUUUCACAAUAUGAUAUUAUGUAAAGAAAACUCUUUUGGAAUUAGAAACCUUGUCCUGAUGCUGAACUGUUUGAUAAUAAAGUGCUUAUGUGCAGAUAAUAGAACAAAUGUGUGUGUUUUUA